UUUCCUUGACUAAAUGACAUUGGGUUUGUUUGUACGACUAGAUAAAAACAAAUCAUUUUACGAGAUAAAUCGAUUUUUCCGUUCCAACGAUAUUUAAUCGAAAUUUGAACUUUAGAAAUUAGCAUAAUUCGCAUAUAGUUACAGUGCCAAUCCUAUAAAUUAGGAUUAUUUUAUUUAAUAUGACGUCAAGUAUCAUAUAAUUUGAAAUUCUACAAAUUCAAGAUAUGGCGCAGUUGUGAACUCGAAAUAUAUAAUUGUGAUUCUAAAAGAUUAAUAUCUAAUCGAUCAUGUCUGCUGAUUCACCCAAACACCAAGGUCCGAAGAUAGUGAAGGAUGAUUCCCAUAUUGUUCUCCCCCAAGUAGUUACAGAUCCUUCCCUUUAUGAUAGUGUUGCCGGAUUUAUCAGUGAUGUAGUUCCAUCCUCUUACUCAGCUGUUGUCGAUAAAGGAGAUCAAAUUGAAUGGGUACGUUUUGAACAGGGUGAAUUCGAGGAACUAAGCUAUGAUUCCUGCGAUGAUCAUGAAAAAUCUGCUUCUUCUCCACCUAUUUUUCUGGUCAUUGGAUACACCAAAGGUGCACAGGUAUGGUGCAUUUCUGCAACUGGUGAAGCAACUGAAAUUCUGUCCUGGAAACACGUCAGUAUUAAAGUAAUGAGGAUUCUACCUUCACCCUAUAUGAUUGGUGGAGAUGCUACUGAUUUGUUUAAGGAUAAAAGACCUUUAAUAGCUUUGUGUGAUUAUGCUUCUCUAGCUCCCGUACACUUCAACCUAAGUUUUAUUUCCCUGAAAACUGGUGAACAGGUUCACAGCAUAAAGUUUAAACAUCAAAUAAUAGAUGUCUUCUGCAAUAAGAUUUCUAUAAUUGUUACAUUUGUUGAGAAGAUAACAGUAUUGGAUGCGUUUACUUUGAGGGAAAGAUGUACAAUAACAACAUGUUAUAGUAGUCCAGGGCCCAAUGUUAAUCCUAUUGCAUUAGGACCUCGUUGGUUAGCAUUUGCUGAAAGGACUCUCUCUACAUGCAGAAAAAGUUUUGGAGGUUGUGAAAAUGAAGGAGUUCAGAGCUACAAAGCUACAGUUAUACAUAGUGCUAAAACAUUUACUAAAGUCAUAAAGGAUUUGAGUGAGACAGUAGCUAACAGCUUUACGGGAAGUUCAAAUUUUAAACCAAGUGUAGUUUGCCCUGGAAGCCCACAGUCUGGUGGAGUAAAUGAUUGUUUCGACAAAGGCACGGUUACAGUUGUUGACUUAAAGUCAGAUAAGAUUGAAGGUGUAGAAGGUUCAUUACCGUCAGAAGCAAUAGUGGCUCACUUCAUGGCCCACAGUGAUUGUAUAGUUCAGCUAGAAUUUGAUAACAGUGGAAUGUUACUACUCACUGCUGAUCUCAAAGGAUAUGAUUUUCACGUAUUUCGGAUACAUCCUCAUCCUUUAGGAUCUCACUUGGGAUCUGUACAUCAUCUUUACACUUUGCAUCGUGGAGACACAUCAGCCCGUAUUCAGUCAAUGUCGUUUUCAUCAGACUCUAGAUGGGUCGCAGUUACUUCCUCGAGAGGAACAACUCAUGUGUUUCCCAUUACUCCCUACGGUGGUAAUAUAAAUAACAGAACGCACACCAAUAGACAUGUGGUUAACAAAAUGUCAAGAUAUCAUAGAUCUGCUGGUCUUUCUAAUGAUGAACGACCAAGAAGUCCAGUUCCUGGGACAGAAAGCUUAGGAGCGAAAAUUUAUCCUUAUACAAAUCCAAGACAUCCCCCAUUUCCGAAUCCCAUUGUCGUAAACCCUUUAGCUCAGAUUAGGCAACCAUCUACCCAAAUCCCAGGAGCAACAGUUCAUUCCAGAAGCACAAUCACACGUCAGAGGUCAUACUCGUAUUCAGAAGAUGUGAUUUUUUUAAAAGUGGUGACAUGCUUUGCUGGAUCCAGGGCGUACAUGGACAUACCUGUCCCUUCGGAUGAAAACGAUACCAAAUUUAUGGAACACUUAUUCCUCAUGAAUUCCAAUGGUACAUUAUUUCAAUAUGAUUUAGAACCUGUGCCUUCGCAAAGUGUGUCAUUUAAUUUAGUCUGUGACGAUACUCCCAUCGAAUUAAAGGCUAUACCAAGGGCCCAGUGGUACUUGCAAAGAAGACAGAAUGCUGAAGAUGUUCAACUUCCGCUAGCGGAGAAAUAUUUAGAGUAUUUUGUUCCUUGCGAGUCUUUAAGAAAAUCACACUCCAUUCAAGAUGAUAGUAAGUGGUGUUCACAAGUUGAAAUAAUUACACAUGCUAGUCCUCAUAGGAGACUUUGGAUGGGCCCACAAUUUGUUUUCAAAACUUAUACAAUAACGCCUGGAUUUCCGUUUGUGCUACAAAAUAUUCAAAAUAUUGAUAUUGCCCGAUCUAAAAUCGUAAACAUGCCAGCAUUUGCAAACGAAGUUUUAAUAGAGUGCAAUACAACCAGUGGGGAUUCAUCCCCUUCUUCAGAACAACAAAAUGUUAAGGUGUUGGAGGCGAACAAAGACAUGGAAGAAAUGAAUCUAAAAAAUGCCCUGGCAGAAGCCAUGAAUGAAACGGCAGAUGUCAAGGAAUUGGGUGGGCAUCGCGUAAUAGUUUCCAUGAAACCCCAGGCAACUCCUGUUGCUAAAGUGGUGAAUCCUUUGGGAACUGUGGUGACGAUCCACUCUGACGCUGAAACUGAAAAGGAACAAUUUGAGGAAUCUAUUAUACAUGAAAACUGUGAUGAGACUCUGUUCCGACCAAUAAUAGUUUCAAAACCGAUUGUGCACACAGAUGGCAAACCACAUACCAAUCCCACCGACACUAUGCUUGUGAGAAGUUUGGAUGAUAGCACUGAAGUAGCUGUGAAACUUCUUGACAAAUCAAAAAAUACCCAUUGUAAUAAUUUAAUGACCAAUAAAAAGCCCAAACAUAUCAUUGAAAAACCUAUGAAUUUUUCUACAGAAUAUAAUAGCAAUAAAAGCACGACAGAGAAAAAAGAAAUCAGAAAGAACAAAGAAGAAAAAAGUGAGAUCAACAAAGAAAUCGCAAAAACUCCCUUUGACAUAUCAGAUCAGUUUGAUUCAAUUUCUCUGGGUGUAAAUAAAUAUUCAGGUUCUCCUGAACCAUCUGACGAUAUGGAAUGUGCAUUAGUAUUUGGAGAAGAUAAAGAUUUUAAAAAUGAGUUUGAUUAUCCUUUUCUGGAAAUCAAGAACGAAGAUAAAGAGGCCAAAACUGACAUGUUUGAAGAUGCUACAGAUUGUUAUGAUGAUCUUUACAUAAACAUAAAGAAAGAUAUUACUGACAAAAAUGAAGAAAAUAUGACAGAAGAAAAAAUUGCCCCUUCAAAGCCAAGAAAACCGAAGACCAAAUUGGGAGUACGUAUUCCAAAUAAGCAUUUUCCAAUUAAAAAUGAGGAAGAUGUUGAAUCUUUAAUACCAAAAAGAUCUUGGAGUUCUGUUGCAGCUACAAAACCCAAAGAAAAAGUCCUAGAUAUUUCUGAAAAAGAAAAUUGUGAUCUAUUGGAUUUUUCUGAUGAGAAAGGUAUGAAGAAAUCUUUUAGUUCAAAUAUUAAAAACGUCAAGUUAAUUCACAUUGAAACACCAGCUGAUGAAGAUGCAGCUAUAGAAAUAAUUGAACCGGUGCUACCAGAGUUCAGAAAAAAUAACUGGUAUUCGAAUGUAUUGGAUAAAUCUUCUGAUGAAGAAAAAUUGGUUGAUUUAUCAGGAGAAAAUACAGAAAGUGAUGAUUCGGGAAAACUAACUGAAAAUACCACAAUUGCGGACGAAAUUAUAUCACAUAAUAUUGCUCCAACUGUGACAAAAGCCUCGAAAAAAAAAUCUAAAAAAAAGCGCAAGUAAAUCCUUUUAGAAUCUCCUAACUUCAUACAUAUUAAUGUCAUUUAAUGUUGGGUUAAUUAGAGAAUUCUCCGCGAAAAAAUACCACAAGAUUUUGGUGAAAUAAACGUGAAAAAGCUGAAAAGAAUUGUUUAGUUAUUGAUAACAUUUCUAAGUCAUCAAUUCUGCUACCUAUAAAUUUGUAGACUAGUGAGUUCUUUCUGGAAACACGUAUUUCUGACAGCAAAUAUAAAUUUUUUAUUGAUACUUUCUGAAACUGAAUUAAGGUUUUUCCAAAAAAAUGCAAUAUUAAAAAUUUGUAACCUUUCACUAGACAUUCGUUAGAAGGAAUUUGAAAAAUAAAUGACGUUUAUGUUUAAACUAUGAUUAAUUUUUAAUUUGUAGAACUAUUUUUGCAUUAACAGAAGAAUGAUUGUUCAGUUUUAAAAGAUGGCCAAAAGUAAAUCUACCUUUUUUCAAUUAACAAAAGUCUUGAAGUUUAAGAUGUGUAAUAAGAAGAGAUUUAUAAUGCUAUUUUGCGUGAGGAAUAAAUGAAUAAUUUUAUUUCACUAUUGGAUUUAGACAAGUGAAUAUUUGGCAUUUAAUUUCUUCUGAAUAUUGUCUAUCAAGAAAUAAAUUUUUAUUUUGGUCAUCCUGCCAUGUCAAUAUAAUUACACUAAUAAUUACUUCUCAAAUCUUCCUUCAUUUAAGUUUUGUUGCAAUAAUAAAAAUUAUUUUGAAUUCUAUAAUUCCCUAAUAAUUGAAAAGAAUGCUUUUAGAUGAAUUUAAGAUAGUUGUAUUUAAAGUUCAGGAAAUUAUGCUUGAGCAAAAUUUUGAAAUCAACUAUUGUGUAAAAUUUUGAAUUAAAUUUUUUUUUAAGUAUGAAAUAAUUUUAUCUGCACUCCUCAAUACUUCGCACCAUAAAUGAAAAUUAAAAACAGAUUAUACUAUUUUCUCCAUCAUAAAAAAAAGAAAUAUUUUGUGAUUGAUAAUAUAACAUUGAAUCCGCAAAAGUAUUUUCUCUUUAUUUGCAAACUUAGGUACUGGAAACAUUUAUUGUGAUAUCCAAGAAAAAUUCAAAGUUUCAAUUGCUUCGAAUUCGUGUUCAUGUAAUAUUUUAUAUUUUAAAUAUUCCUUAAUAUUUUUUAUCAUUCUUGAGCAAUCAGUAAAUCAUUCAAUUAUAAUCGUUUGUGAAUUAGUUAGGUAUUUAUUAAUCUUAAUCUUAGAUUUGGAGGAUAAAUGUAUGUUUACUUAGAAUAUUCGAUAUGUGAAUAUAUAGUUUACUACUGCGUAUUAUAGUCUUCAAAUAAAUAACAAAUAUUAUACAAAUAUUUUGGUUAUAGAGUUUUGAAAAAUAAAAUGAAGUUCAUACUAGAUUGUAGGUGAAAAAAUGAGCGAUUAAUAAAAUUUAUUAUGUUUAAUAGUUCUGAACCAUUCAAUAAAUCCAAUUCACCCGCUUUUGAUAUAUGAUUAUGAAUACUCCUUGACUGAGAAAAAUUUGUUUUUAUUUCUUCAACUUACUUGUAAUACGUCAUUUAUGAAUUCAAAAUAAAGAUCUCAUUGAUA